AUGGAUAUGUUGGCCAAGCAAAUGUCGCAAUUGGACACUUCGUUGAAUGAGAUGAGGGGACACGAGGGAAGGAUACCAGCUUCAGUGAAACCACCUGACCGGGCAAACAUCAGUCAGAUUACUCUGAGGUCAGGACGGGGCUAUGAGGGUCCAGUAAUGAAAGAUGAUGAGAGUAUACCUCCUUUGACAAGUAAGGAAGACAGGAAACUGACCACUGGUCAAGGGGAUACUGAGAUAAGGAACACCAGGGUGGAAGACGACCUUCAAAAAGGUGAUUUGGAGAAGCCACUACCUCGUAUGGCUGAUCCAUUUUUCUUAGACCCAGAGCCUGGAGUGGAGAUUGAGGUAGUAAGGAAAGAAAUCGGAGAAUCUUCAGUCGGAGGUCCAGCAGGAACGUUGAAGCGCAUGAAGCCAUUUCCUCACCGAGGGGAGGCUAAGAAGAAGAAGGAUGACACUGAAGACAUCAUGGAGAUCUUCGGCAAACUGGAAAUCAAUCUACCGUUCCUACAAUCUUUGAAGCUGCCUACAUUCAGUAAAUUCAUCAAGGAGUUCAUAGCUGGAAAAACCAAGCCCGACGGGAAGAUAGUAAUUGGAGAAAAUGUGUCGGCUGUGAUACAGAAAAGGAGAAUGCCAUCAAAAUGCAUAGACCCAGGUAUGUUCACUUUUCCCAUUUCUCUGGGUGACAUUAAAUUUGAGCAUGCAAUGUGUGAUCUAGGAGCCUCGAUAAAUGUGUUACCACUUUCGAUAUAUAAGAAGUUGAUAGGGGAAAGUAUGGUUGAUACGAAAGUAGUAAUUCAGUUAGCCGAUAGAACAUGCAUUUCACCCGAGGGUGUGCUGGAGAAUGUGAUAGUAAAAGUGCAUGAUUUCCUGUACCCAGCUGAUUUCCAUGUAAUAAAAAUGAGUGAUAACGAAUCUGCUGAGUCUAGCGGAGUGCUUUUCAAAAGACCAUUCCUACGCACCGCUAAGACUAUUAUUGAUGUGUUUGAUGGUACUAUAUGUCUAGACUACCAUGGGGAGAAAUACACCUUUAGCAUUGAUGAAGCCAUGAAGAAACCGUUGGAUGUGGAAAAUUUGCAUGUUGUUGAUGUUAUUAACCCCCUAGUCCAGGAGUACCUUGAGACCGAAUUAAUGCAGGAACAGUUCAACUAUUCGGAGUUGAGUCAGUCUGUUGACUAG